AUGACAAACAUAAAAAUAUUUCACAAUUCUAUUUUACGUAAAUUCUCUAUAUCAAACUCUGCUAAAUGGUCUGAUUUAGAGGAAAAAAUUCGUAUGCUAUUUACACUUUCACCAACUUCAAAAUUCACACUUUCUUAUACUGACGAAGAGGAAGAUAUUGUUACAAUAUCAACUGAUUUGGAACUACAAGAACUUCUUUCUAACCAUGGCGCAACCACCAUUAAAUUUACAUUAAAUCAUGAAGUUGUAGUAAAUACUGCGGGAUCCACUAAUAAUGAAACUCUUCCUCUCGAUUUAGAGAAAAUGGACAUCAAUGAUGAAUCUAUAGAAUAUGAAUUGCAACAACAACGUGAAAGAGAAGCACAACAACAACGUGAACAAGAAGCACAAAAACAGCGUGAACGAGAAACACAAAAAGAAGAAACCAUGGUAUCACAAUUUCAGGAUGUUGUUGAUUUUUAUCCAGUGUUAGCUUACGCUAUAGAUAGUGUUACAGAUGAAAUUUUACAAUCUAAGCCAAUUGAUAUCGAACUUUGGCGUGAAUGCUUAAUUUAUUAUCGUCAAGAAAAACAGAAGCGGGAAAGCAGUGACAAUAAUGAUAAUAGCACCAUUUCUUCUGCUGCUUUCAUGUCUGAACACCCAUUAUUACAUCAAUAUGUUAGUCCUCUUUACUUCACUUCAUCAACUCCAUCAAAUAAUAGUGAUAAUGUGAGUCAUCGAGAUCCUUUAUCACGUAGUUCUAGAAGCAUUGAAAAUAUUGGUGGCAGUAGAAAUAAUCAUGGCCCAUCACUCGAAGAAAUAUGCAUAGUUAAUACACCGUUAUCACCACCACCAAGAAAAGUUUCGGUUGAUGAAUCGAAUUUUGAUGAUAAAGUUAAACAACUUUGCGAAAUGGGAUUUUGGGGAGAUGAAGGAGAAAUGAUUAAAUUAUUGAAAGCUCAUAAUGGUAAUAUUGGAAAAGUUGUCGAGGAAUUGGCUUUAAGGUGUUAA